UUGCAUAGUGUGGGAAUAUUGCUCGUCCACUUUUUUGCAAAUUCUCUAUUUCUCUGAUUGUUUAAACUAAGUUUUUGUGCUAAAUCAGUUGGAAAAAAUUAAGUCAUGGCUGAGUCCGCUGCCAUGGACAUUUGGGACAGCAGCCCAGAAGCAUCUUUGAGUGAGGCUCCAACAGCUAGUGUGGGGGAAAAGAAAAAGGCACUGCCGCCGGCAGCCGACGAUAUUUGUUCUGCAUCGCCGGAGAAAAAAGCAAAAAUGGAUAUGGAUGCCGAAAUGAAGGACUUGACUAUUGACAUUCCCGACUCGAGCGAAGCUCAAUCGAAGGAUACCGAGGCACUUGACGAUGCCAAGGAUGCUGACAGUAGCAUUGAGUUGCUGAGUAGCCCCACUGCCGCAGAGCCUACGGCGCCAAAAACCGAAUCGGACAACAGCGUAGAGCUCCUCGACAGCCCCCUCAAAUCGCCAUCCUCAAACGAUGUUAACGAGGAGGAGCUAUUGCCCCUUGAGGAGGAGGAAAAAUCAGGCGCCACCAAAGAGUCUGAGCUAAAAGAAAGCGAAGCCGACAGCAAGGAGAGCAAGGAGAGUGAAGCCUUGGCUGACAGCAGCAUUGAACUAAUCAGCAGUCCCACAUCGGAUGAUUCCCUUGCGAGGGAGAAGGAGGAACACGGACAGCAAGCUGAGACGGAGACUCAGUCGAAAGCUGACGACAGUAUUCAAGUGGAGGGGGAUAUAGCCAUGGAGGAAGAUGUACCAUUGCCAAGUCUAAAACCAACGAACGAACCUAAGGAAAACCAAAAAUCUUCCGAAGCUGCAACUCAGUUGCAGCCAAAAGACAUUAUCGAUUCCAUGGAAAUCGAUGAACAGCCCAGUAACAGUAAAGCGCCCAAAGAAGCUCUCUCGGUAGUUCUUGAAAUAGGAAGUGCUCCAACAGAAGUAGAGGCAGAGCAUAAAAGUUCCUUUGCCUGGGACGGGAUGAUCUCGUACAACAAGGAUUGCAUCAACUGCAACUGCAAGCGGCUACACAAGCAGUUUGUGCUGGCCUGCGUGGCUAUUCUGAACUUCUACAAGGUUCCGAGGAAGUUGCACAGGUCGCAGUACGUUUGCCUGGACUGCUACGACACGGCAGUGGAUAUGUAUGAAGAGUAUGCUGGCCUUCUGUUGGCGGGGCAGCCGCUGCUGCUAAAGGAAUUCAAGCAGGAGCAGGCUGACUUUGUGACCUUGGACAGCAGCGACGAGGAGGAUGAUGAAAAGACAACAGAAAAAGCCGAGUUCUCCAAAAAUGUAUUGGAUCUGAUCGAGAACGAACUGGAAGAUGCCAUUAAGAAGACGCUGGAUAAGGUGGACUUCUCCAAGCAACUCAACUGGUCCAAAACCAUCAUUAAUGCCAAGAUGGAGCGCUUGGGGCAGGAGUUCGAGCAGGUGGACUUAGAGCUGGCAAAGGUCCAGAGUCUGGCGGACAAAAUGCACUGCUCCGUGUACAACUCAUGCCAGGUGGUUCACAAGCAAUUGCCACCGCUAGAUCUCCAUCAGAAUAUCUGCACCAGUGAUUACAAACGCCUCCAGCACCUGCCGGCUGCUGGUGACAUCGAACGGCCCCCGAUCAAAGUUGGGGAGACCUACUACGCCGUCAAGACCAAGGCCAUUGCCAGCUGGGUCUCCGUUAAUGUUGUGGAGAUCUGCGAUACCUCCACCGCCGGAGGUGUCACAGUGAAGGCCUACAAGAUCAAGUAUCAGCACAUGCCCUAUCCGAUGAUGAAGACUGUGACGGCCAAGCAUUUGGCCUACUUUGAUCCGCCGACAGUGCGUCUGCCCAUUGGCACCCGGGUGAUCGCCUUCUUUGAUGGCACACUGGUGCGUGGCAAGGAGAAGGGCGUGGUGCAGAGUGCCUUCUAUCCGGGCAUCAUUGCCGAGCCCCUGAAGCAAAACAAUCGCUUUCGCUACCUGAUCUUCUACGACGACGGAUACACCCAGUACGUGCACCACAGCGAUGUGCGCCUGGUGUGCCAGACAUCCGAAAAGGUAUGGGAGGAUGUGCAUCCCGCCUCGCGCGACUUCAUCCAGAAGUACGUGGAGAGAUAUGCGGUGGACAGGCCCAUGGUGCAAUGCACCAAGGGACAGAGCAUGAACACCGAAUCGAAUGGCACCUGGCUGUAUGCCCGGGUCAUUGAGGUCGACUGCAGCCUGGUGCUGAUGCAAUUCGAGGCCGAUAAGAACCACACGGAGUGGAUCUAUCGCGGCUCGUUGCGCCUGGCCCCCGUCUUCAAGGAGACCCAGAAUUCGCUGAAUGCCGACUGCGCCAUCCACCAGAUGAGGGUCCCAAGGCGCACUGAACCCUUCAUACGCUACACCAAGGAGAUGGAGUCGAGCAACAGGCAGGUUGAUCAGCAGAUACGUGCCAUAGCCCGCAAAAGCACUGGGAAAUCAGCCUCGACAGCAUCCACUACAGCACCUUCAACGGCAUCCGCUUCCGCCUCCGCAGUACGUCACCUGAACAACUCCACCAUCUACGUGGACGACGACACCCGCCCCAAGGGUCAGGUGGUGCACUUCACGGCCAAGCGGAAUGUGCCGCCCAGGGUAUUCAAAACCCACAUAUGCAACCCGAGCUGUCUCUUCACGGUCGUACACCGUCUGGACAGCUACAGUCCGCUGUCCAAGCCACUACUGUCGGGAUGGGAGCGCAUGGUAAUGAGGCAGAAGACCAAGCGCACUGUCGUCUAUCGCGGUCCGUGUGGCCGGAAUCUGCGCAACAUGUUUGAAGUGCACAACUAUCUGCGGGUCACCAAUAACGUCCUGAAUGUAGACAACUUUGACUUCACUCCCGACCUGCGCUGCCUGGCCGAAUACUACAUCGAGUCGACCAUCGUCAAGGAGGCGGACAUCUCCAAGGGGCAGGAGAAGAUGGCCAUUCCGCUAGUCAAUUACUACGACAACACUCUGCCACCGCCCUGCGAAUAUGCCAAACAGCGCAUUCCAACCGAGGGCGUGAACCUGAAUCUCGACGAGGAGUUCCUUGUGUGCUGCGACUGCGAGGAUGAUUGUUCGGACAAAUCGAAGUGCGCCUGCUGGCAGCUGACCGUGACCGGCGUCAGGUACUGCAAUCCCAAGAAGCCCAUUGAGGAGAUCGGCUACCAGUACAAGCGUCUGUACGAGGGCGUCCUGACGGGCAUCUACGAGUGCAACUCGCGCUGUAAGUGCAAGAAGAACUGCCUGAACCGUGUGGUCCAGCACUCGCUGGAGAUGAAGCUGCAGGUGUUCAAAACCUCGAACCGUGGCUGGGGUCUGCGCUGUGUCAACGACAUUCCCAAGGGCGCCUUCGUGUGCAUCUAUGCCGGCCACUUGCUGACGGAGGCGAAGGCCAAUGAGGGCGGUCAGGAUGCGGGGGACGAGUACUUUGCCGAUCUCGACUACAUCGAGGUGGCCGAGCAGCUGAAGGAGGGCUAUGAGUCGGACGUGGAGCGCUCGGAUCCGGACCCCGAAGAUGACAACUACGGCCCCGAUGCAGAGGACGACGAUGACUUCCGACCCAACAACUAUUAUAUAAAGAAGAAGGACAAGCUGCGCUCCUCACGCAGCAACAGCACGCAGAACACCGAAGUGGACUCGCAAGAGCGGGCAGUAAUUAGCUUCAAUCCCAACUCUGAUCUGGAUGAAACAGUGCGUGAAAACUCUGUGCGCCGCUUCUUUGGCAAAGACCAGACCCCCUUCAUCAUGGACGCCAAGACAACUGGCAAUUUGGGACGCUACUUCAAUCAUUCGUGCAACCCCAAUCUCUUUGUGCAGAAUGUCUUUGUGGAUACCCACGAUCUGCGCUUCCCCUGGGUCGGCUUCUUUGCAUCUUCGCACAUUCGCUCCGGCACCGAGCUGACCUGGAACUACAACUACGAGGUGGGCGUGGUACCCAAUAAGGUUCUCUAUUGCCAGUGCGGUGCCUCCAAUUGCCGCGUUCGUUUGCUCUAAUUUUAUAGCAACAUAGUCAGAAGCCCCAAUAAAGAAUUUGAAUUUGAAAUCAUACU